GAGUCUGAAAACACAACCGAACCAACAUCAGAGUCGUACGAGAUGCAACUUCGAAGGGCGUUUGUACUUGUGAUCGGCUUUUGCCUUUCUUCAGCAUUGACAAAAUCCACUACAGAAGAGAGUGAAGCAACAGAAGCUAUACUGAAGAAGGAAAUCGACCGUUUUGAGGCCGUCAAGAAGAGCUUCGAAGAUGCAAACAUGUUCGUACAAGUUGUCUACACGCAUCCAUUUAAUAAAGCAGAUGGAGCACCCUUGAAACUCGAUACCUUCGAAAUUCGCACAACUUCUUUCGAAAAUAAUCCAGAAGGACCUCAGCUGGAAGAGAAGUUCGAUGAAGACAAAGUUAAAUCAGUCUUUGCUUUAGCCAAGAAGUUGAAUUUGACAGCUGUGGGUAGUAGACAAAUUUUCGAUCUUGAAGGCGUUUUGCAGGAGAAAACGCUCCUGGCCGAGGAUUUAAGGAUUCAGUUCAAAGAUGGCAGCACCCACAUGGUAUUUGAGGACCACAGCGAUCCUGACGAUGAACUUCACAGCGACGAUAUUCAAGACUAUAUCGGCUUCAUGAAAAAAUUCGAACUUCCGGUCGACGUAGAAAUAACAGCCUUUCGCAGAUCUGGGGUUCCGCUCCUCAACCAUAAGGAUAGCUACGCACCUGAAAAGGUGAAAGUUUUGAGUAGCGAUAUGACCAUUCCUAUGCAGAUGAAGGUUGCGGAGGCACUGAAGCGGAGUUACAGCAUGAAGAGUGACCCGAACAAAAGAAUUAUGCUCCUGUGUAGGUACCUGGGGAUUCAGUUUCCCGAAUACUCAUUCAAUGCAGUUAUUGGAACUAGCCGACACGGGGACAAUUACGUCGCGAGUGAUGUAAAUAUGAAAGCAAGCUUCGAUGACAACAUAUACAUGGUUUGGGGUACCGCUAAAGAAGGAGAUUCGGAUUAGUAACUUGGAUUUACCAGAGUAUAUUUUUCACUAGUGCUUAGUUUCCGUAUCCAUGGUGUCAAACAAAUACAUCAGUGUAUGAAUUUAUCAAACAUUGUAAAUCUUUUGGCGGCAAUUCUAAUCAUGUCUUACGU